GCUCGAACAGAUGACGUAGUUUUUCAAGAUGGCGGCGCCCCAGUCCGUCAUGAAAUUCUGGAAACCCGGGGCCGAGGCGCCAGGAGUGAGUGAGGAGCGGGAGCUGAACACAGAACCGAGCGGCACCGCCGUCAUCUACAACCCUCACAGUGCCCUGUCUGUGGAGAAACAGAGGCAGAAGCUGCCCGUCUUUAAGCACAGGAACAACAUCCUGUACAUGGUGGAAAGCUUCCAGACGGUGGUGAUCCUGGGUGAGACCGGCUCGGGGAAGAGCACCCAGAUCCCUCAGUACCUCCUGGAGGCUGGAUGGGCUGCAGAGGGGAAGGUAAUCGGUGUGACUCAGCCCCGGAGAGUAGCUGCUACGUCGGUGGCCACUCGGGUAGCAGAGGAACGUGGAGCGUUUUUGGGGCACGAGGUGGGAUAUACCAUCCGCUUUGACGACUGCUCCGAUCCUAACGCCACUCGCAUAAAGUUCCUUACAGAUGGGAUGUUGGUCAGAGAGAUGAUGGCUGACCCGCUGCUCAAAAAAUACAGUGUCCUCAUGUUGGACGAGGCCCACGAAAGGACGCUUUACACCGACAUCGCCAUCGGCCUUCUCAAGAAGAUUCAGAGGAAGAGGAGGGACCUGCGACUGAUCGUCGCGUCCGCUACACUGGAUGCCAAGAAAUUUUGCGACUUUUUUAACCUGAAUGAAACGGGAGACCCGAGCAAGGACACCUGUGGGAUCCUGACUGUCGAGGGCCGCACUUUCCCCGUGGAUGUUUUCUACACAGUCAGUCCAGUUCCAGAUUACGUAAAGGCCACCGUGGAAACUGUGCUGAAGAUUCAUGAAGCUGAGGAUGACGGUGACGUUCUGGCGUUCCUCACCGGACAGGACGAAGUGGAGAAGGUGGUCUCCAUGCUGCAGGACCAGGCUCGCUCUCUGUCUCGUCACGGCAUGAAGAAACAUCUGCGUGUGCUUCCCAUGUACGCGGGCCUGCCGUACUCUGAGCAGCUCAAAGUCUUCGAACGGUUGCCCCCUACUGUCAGAAAGGUGGUCGUCGCCACGAACAUCGCCGAGACCUCCAUCACCAUCAACGGCAUCAUGUUCGUGAUCGACUGUGCCUUCGUCAAGCUGCGCUGCUACAACCCCCUCACUGCCAUCGAGUCCUUGGUGGUCACGCCCAUCUCCAAAGCCUCGGCGGCUCAGAGGGCAGGAAGAGGCGGGCGCAACCGGCCCGGGAAGUGUUUCCGUCUUUACACGGAGGAGGACUUCGAGAAGCUUCCGGAGAGCACCGUGCCCGAGAUGCAGCGCAGUAAUUUGGCGCCGGUGAUCCUGCAGCUUAAAGCUCUGGGCAUCGACAACGUCCUGCGUUUCAGCUUCCUGUCGCCGCCCCCGGCACAGACCAUGGUGCAGGCUCUGGAGCUGCUCUUCGCUCUUGGUGGUCUGGAUCAGUACGGCCGUCUGACAGAGCCCACGGGGGUGCGCAUGGCCGAGUUCCCUCUCAGUCCCAUGUUCGCCAAGAUGCUGCUCGAGUCGGGGAACUUCAGCUGCUCCAAAGAGAUCAUCACCAUCGCCGCCAUGAUGCAGAUCCAGAACGUCUUCGUGGUGCCGCCCAAUCAAAAGAAAGCGGCCGCAUGUCAGCACAGGAAGUUCGCUGUGGCUGAAGGUGAUCACCUGACCAUGCUGAACGUCUACGAGGCUUUCGUGAAGCAUCAGAAGAGUUCUCAGUGGUGUCAGGAGCACUUCCUGAACUAUAAGGGUCUGCUGCGUGCCCUGACGGUGCGAGAGCAGCUCCGGCGUCUGCUCAACAAGUUCAAGGUUCCUCGAACCUCCAGUGAAGGUGACCCCGAUGUGAUUCUGAGGUGCAUCGUUUCUGGGUUCUUCGCCAACGCCGCUCGCUUGCAUCACUCUGGAUCCUACAGGACUUUACGGGAUGACCGGGAGCUUCACAUUCAUCCCAACUCCGUGCUUUACAGCGAGAAACCACCGAAAUGGGUGGUGUUUAACGAGGUGGUUCAGACCUCCAGGUACUACAUGCGGGACGUGACGGCAGUGGAAUCGUCCUGGCUGGUGGAGCUGGCACCGCAUUUUUAUAAACAGGCCACGCACGGCUCUCUGGGAAGCAAACGCUCCAAAGUCUUCUGAAUCCAUCGUCCAUCGUGACCGGCUGCUGAAUUAGUGAUCCUAAAAUACUUGACCGUCUACACACACACACACACACACACACAUACACGGGAUGGGAAGGCAAGUUCUUUGCUUUAAAGCAGCCCUGUAUAUACGUGUACAGAAUAUUUAUUUCUUCGUACUCGACUUAACUCCUUCACCAGCACAUGAACAUGAACACGAUUUGGUCUUGAGGUCAAAAGGUCGUUCAUGGCGCUUCCUUUUUUAAUUUAGAGAUAUUUUUUACAUUUUUGUACUGCGUUCUAUGAGUUACUUACUUUGUCCAUAACCUAACUAGGAAAGUGAAAUUUCUGUAAAUCAUCCCAUUUUUAUUUUUAAUUUUUCCCCUUAUAUAAAUACUGUGUAGCUAAGAGAUUUAGUGGCCUUUUCCUCACCAUGAUGUGCCAAAUUUUAAACAUAUUUUCUAAUCUUUGUCUGUGUUAACGUUGCCAUUUUUACACGGUGACUAAAAAUGUGCUUUGACUUAAUUUUUUUUUUUAAUUCUUACAUAACGUUCUAUUUAGAUUUUCUGAAAUUCUUUAUUUUAAAAUAAGAUUUUUUCCCCCUCCAUAAAUAUGACUUUGUUGCCCCAGGAUACAUGUUUAAAAAAAUUAAAUACAAUUGUUGAAAGAGAGCACAAACAGAAAUUAUCCAUCAACCUGCUUCCAUUUUAUUAAAACUUCUCCUCAAGCCUAAUUACAAUCUCUGCAACUAUUAUCUGCAUGAUGAUUAUAAUAACGACGACGAUGAUGUUGAUAUGAAACCAGUUUAAUAACCUCAUGUAGUUAAGCUGUAGCUGCUGCUCAAGUCACGCUCAUGUUAUUCCGUCAGUCUUAAUCCCAAGUCUUUACUCCUGCAUGUCCAGUCCCUCUCAGAACACUGUGAAGCUCUAACGUAGUGUGUAGUACACUGACCGUGACCUUAGCAAUAAUCUCUACCCGUAUAACGAAGUGUGGGACGUCCUCGAGCAAACGAAAACGUCCUCCAGAGUUCCUUUCAUCCCAAAGUUCUGUACAGAUAUGAAAGGAUUGUUGGCCUCAAAUAAAUCCAGAUCUUCACACAAACAUGGUGCAAUGUGUUUUUUUUUCCCUCUCUGUACAAGUUGUUUUGAACAUUAUGUAAAAAAUUAUUCAUGUAACUGACUUCUACAAUGUCUUGCAAAAGUAUUCAUACCCCUUAAACUUUUUCACAUUUUGUCACGUUACAAACGCAAAUGUAUUUCAUGGGGAGUUUAUUAUUGUCACAGACCAAAACAAAGUGGCACAUCAUUGUCAUGUGGAAAGAAAAUGAUCAAAUGGUUUACAGACUUGUUUACAAAUAAAUAUUUGAAAAGUG